AUUAACAAAACUCAUGCUUUAAUACAUACAGCUCUAAAAGGGUUGAGGUACUAUCAGACGUAUGAUCGUUUCUUUCUGGGUUUGAGCAUCAUUCUGGGCUUCCUGGGCUGGAUGUCCUACAUUCUCUGUCUAGUUGUCCUGGAGCACACGCCCGUGGGCCAGGCAUACAGUGCUGUAACUGUUUCAUCCAGGCAGGCAGACGGCAGUAUCUAUAUCUUUACAGCCAUUGCAGUCUCUGUCUUCCUGUUACUUUAUGUUCAGUCAUUGCCACAGAUGUACUACAUUUACAGUUUGAUGCCAGUAGCUCUGUGGUAUAAAGCUUUUGCAGGGAGAAAAUUGCUGUAUCAUGCAGUCAAAUCUGUGUUUUCACACGGAACAUUCCUUGGAUUUGUCCUCUCUCUUCUGUUUUGUGUUGCUGGACUGGAGCUUUUGAUUCAAAGUUUCUACCAUCGUGAACUGAUUUCGUUCAUUUUGCUGGCUUUGUCUGCCUGGCCACUGACUUCAGUCUUGUUACAUCACAGCACUAGAGCUUCAGCGCCCACUUCCCUUGGGUGGUCUCUCACCUGUCUGCUGGUUGCUGUGUUUCCACUUCUGCCAGUGGUUGGCAAGGAAACACAGUACUUUCUAGUGAUUUCCAGUGGAAUAACAGCACUCGUAAUUGGUGCUGUAAUAUGUUCCAG